AUCGUCAUUACUCUCGGUGUGCAGCUACAGUCCGCAGCGCAAUCGAGCUGUCAGUCCGUACACUUUAGGUUCUCCCCUCCUUGUAACAGGUUCAGGAAAAUCUAGGAAAGUGUUUCCGUGCGUGCGUGUGUGAGUGCAUAAAGUGGGUUUUGUUCUGGCAAGAAAUUUCAAGGGAUUUUGCAUCAUUCUAAUAGCAGUAUUGAAGUCUCAGGCGCCUUUUGCGUGAGUGCGUGAUCCUGCCGGUUUGAUGUGCUAGGCGCUGUGACCGUGCUUGCGUGUACCCCUGAGUGUGUAUGUGUGUGCGCGUGUGUUUGUGUCUGUGUUUACGUGAGUGUGACCGUGAGCUUGUGGUUUGAGGCGGCUUCGUUCCCGUUUCGUCACACUGGGCUAUACCCACUUGCCCCAUUGACCAGCUGUUCCCGAAACACCGUGUCGUGAAACCGUCUAGCAAAAAUCAUUCUCAAGUUAAAACAAAAAAAUGAGUGGCCCACUGAAUCCCACCCCGACGUACGCCCAUUUCGGUGUCUGAUUGACGACGUUGGAAUCGACCGUCCGACCGACCGACCGACCAAAACCCGAGUCGACGAAAGUGCCGCGUUGGAAAAUCGAUACGGAUCCGAAGUGUGAACCGUGUCCGUACGGCCCAACCUCUGACAGGAAGCGCGGUAGAGUACAAAGGUGAAUCUAACGUUCGACUGAGUGCGACCUACCGGCAGCAAAGGCUUUCCCCGUAGGCUCCUUUUGCGUCGAAAGGUUCGAUAAAGCCUUGUACGGGUAGAUGCAAGCAAAGUAAAUUAGGCAACUGGACUGGUCGAACGAAUAAGGUCGAAACGGAAGUGCCGGGUGUCGCCUAGCGGUGCUCCCCUAGUUCGUUUCCACCCAUCCACCCUUCCUACCUGACCGGCACACUCGAACGGGGCUGGAAAAGAGGAUUCAUUUCCGCGCUUUUCCACGUUUCGUUUGUUUACCACUGUCCGCUACGUGCUUGCCGUUGGGUCUGCCCGACUGGGACCAACGUUCUGACUUCUAAUACUUCUUCUGUGUGUCCGCGGUCAUCCAGCAAAAACCCGGCUUCAUGAUCGGCUCAUUUUGGAACCUUUGUAGAGCGUGCCCAUCAAUGCCUGUAGAUAAGCUCCACUCGGAAUAUAGAAGUACGUAUCGAUGGCACGAAUACACCGGAGGACCCGAUGUCGUAAGAAAACCACCUGUGCCAAAUCAGUUCGCAGCCAGCUCGAAGGCGGAUCACUUUUUCUCGAAAUCAACGGAGGAUGAAAAGUUUAUCGAAGCAUCGAUCAAUGAACCGCCCUUGCCGAGAAGGAAAAAGUGCCCCGAGCUAGCGUACCGGACGAACGAGUUUUUGGCUGCACGGGGCAAAAAUGAAGCCAUCGGGCACGAUCGUACCGAUGCGGGUGCAACGACUCACACUAGAGCAAGGUCUGAAGAGCGUGGAACGCCGUCACGCCGCAGUAAAUCGGAAGGACCGCCGGCGGGCGUCGCUAACGGAAGGCUUCCGACCGGGACCGGAUAUGCGAACGGAACUAUCGAGCCACCGCCGGCUGCGAGCGCGGGCAGGGCACUGGAACAGGCGGGUGAGUCUUCUACUAGUGGACUAUUCAAAAAAACCAUUACCAAACUGAGCACGGAGUACCGGCUCCAGUUCGUGUGGCCACACGUGCGGCGUGCGAUCAGGGCGGCAGGUGCGCACGGCGCUGCUGGCGACGGUGACGGUGCGGACACUGUCGAUGCACCCCCGCGCAAGUCCCUCUCCAUGGGUGCACUGAAGGCGGCCCAGAUCGGUGCCGCCGGUGGCGGCACCAUCGCUUCCGUACACAAAAAACGAACGACUAACGAGCGAGAAGCCACGGCCACGGAGCUCGAACCGCUGGUGAACGAUUGCGAUACUUCGGUGGAAAAGCCGCAGCAGCCGAUUGAAAAACGAGGGGAGAUGGCUCGUGUUGUGGAGCAGAAGAUAAAAGCACUACGCGUGGAGAAGGAGAAGUUUGGUUUUGAACCAGAAGCGGGUGAUGUGUCCCGGGCACAGGCUAACUCGGGCAUCGACAAUGCCUGGUACAAGGAAGUGCUGGAGCUGAGGAAGAAGGCUGGCGAGUACCGGAACCGAGGCUGGGGAGUGGAGAUGAAUCCCGAUCUCUUUACUAAGCAGGUUGAGCUGUGGGACCAAGUGUCCCGCCGCAGCUCGCUGAGUGCACUUUCGUUGGCAUCAAGCGUACGGCCAAUUACGAAAGAAGAAAAAGAUAAGGAAAACAACAAAAAGAGCUCCCCGACCAAGCCACGGGGUAGCCGAGUUCCCGGUGGUGCUCGCCCGGUUGAGGCAAACAGGGCGGCAUUGCCGGAUGGGUUGAACUUCUCGGCAGCCGCUCGCAGCCGCAAGGACGCCAUUCGCCAUCAUCUGGAGCGCACGACUGGGCCGGACGUUGAGGAGGGUGCCCUGUUGCCAUCACCGACGCGCGAAAAACUUAUGCCGGCAAUUCCGCGCUCCAAAGCUGACAGUCCACAGCGUGGCAGUCCGCAGAAGACGGCGCUAUCACGUCACGGCAGCCCGCAGAAGGGUAGCCCGCAAAAGAGCAGCCCGAAGAAAAUGUCCAGCAAAGGACGUUCCCAAUCUGUAGGACCUGCGGUUGCCACCGACGGUACUGCACCGGUGGUUGCCGGUGGUUCGCCGAAGCGUCAGAUCCGUUCUGGCAGUACCGUCGCAGCCUCGACUGCUUCAUCGGCCGCCAAAACGCACAAGAAAACGCCGACCACGGCUACGGCGCCGGUCAUCGCGCAAAACCAGCAGUUGGGACCGCAACAACCCGAACGAAGACCACGCCCGACAUCCCUUUCCACUACCAAUCAUUCCCGCUCGAAGAGCAGCACCCUGCCCACGAGUCGCCUCCACGCUCCGCAUUCCAGUACCCUCACGAACCUCACCAACAACAAUCAUCUUCCCAAUGCAUCACCAUCAUCAUCCGCCGCCACAAUGGCCGCGUCCAUGAUCGCGUCCAACACCAGCUCCAGCAUGCCCGCCAACGCCGCCACCGCCACCGCCCGCGCCAAGCUUACGCUUGCGACUGCCUCCGCCAAGCGGCAGCCGGGUGGUGCACGGUCGGUCAAACCGCCUACCAGCCUGGCAAGUGACUCCUCUGCUCCUUCGUCGGCGUCCAGCACGCUGAGGAAGAAGCAGAGGGUGGCGACGGUGUCUGAGGGCGGCGGUGGUACGGUGGGUGGACGGGGCAGCGGCAGCGCCAGAUCGGUUGAAUCGGACAAAAAAUUACCCACCGGAAGCGUUGAGGAUGCAGACAAGGAAUCGGCUCCGACCGUGGUUCCGCCACCGGAAAUACUCGAGCAGAUCAUCAAGUCACCGCCGGAGCCCACACGCGUCAAGUCUCCGGAGCAGAUCAUCAUGCGCUCGCCGGAUCCGGUUAACUGGACAGUGCCGUUGGACACGGGAAAAACAUUUACCGUAACGCAGAACGUCCGCGAAGGUGAUCCUAUGAUUCGCCCGCACAGCGAAAUUAAGGCUUCAACUCCAGUGGAGCAACCGCCUCCACCGCCACAGUCGGCGCCACCAGAGCUUUCGGAACAGUCUAAAAUGCCUAACACCAAACUAGAACCGAGCUCGAUCAAGGAAUCAGAAGAUGAAGACGAUGAUUUGCCGCGCUCGAAAUCAUCCGUUGCUUCAUCGGUCAAUCCCACAUCGAUGGCAAUUUCGGAGCCGAUGACCGUUUCGCAACCGCCACCACCUUCCUCACAACCAACUGCCGCACUGGUUAAAGACGACGCUAAAGACGACGGGCCAGCUGGAUCGGGCGGUACACAACCGACGGUUGGUACGGCUACAGCUUCAGUGCCGGAACCAGUACGCUACGAUAAGCCGGUGGCCGGGUCGACGCUUCGCUGCCUCGAGGAUCCAUCGUUCGAGUCGGACAUUAAUUCACCGCUCGCCAACCGUAACGUGGCGACGGAGGUGCUCGAUAAGGCUCGCGAUCGUUUCGAUCGCUUCUGGGGUAACCCGAACGAGAAGCCGGAGGAAUCUUAAGCAGCGCUCAGAGAGCAUUUUAUUUGUCGCAAUUUGCUUGCCAGGGCAGGUUUAUGCCACUGAAAUAGGGUGGUACGUACGCUAGGCAGCGAUCAGUAUCUACAAGCCAUUGCUUUAACGUAAGGUUGGAAAAUUAUACGAUGAAAGUAAAUUCGACCCAAUGCAGCAUCGGAAACCACCAUAAGAACAAACAAAAAACAAACUGUUGCUAGAGGAGCCUAAGUGACAUACACACAUAUAGCCGAGCAGCUGAUACUUAUGACACACGUACGUGACAGGGUAGCUCCGAAACACAUUAGUAAAGCAAAACUCAUUUAUCAAAACUCUCAACGUCCGCGUUGGAACACUAUUUCGGUGUGUUAAUGUGCUUUUUUCCCCGGUACUGUGGGGGUGGGAGUUAAAGUUCUACCCCGGAGCUAAUCUUUAGUAUAAUAAUCACCGCGAACUGCCAUCGGGCAGGCACAGUAGUAGUAUUGUUAUUUAAUGUUUAGGAUAGUGUGCGUGCAUCGAUCCGUAAAGGGUAGUCCGAUUUCGGACAUUCUUUUGCUUUAGUUUUUGUCAUCAUCAUGAACCGUUUUGAGUUUCUGCUUUCAUCACUCAUGGUAAUAUUUGUUUUAAAGAUUCAAUUCAUCGUUUCAACAAUAUCAUGCGCCCCAAUCUCAGCACAUGAACUUCAAUUUGCCGAUCACCGUGCAGCACAGAGCAAUACAGCAAAAACUCACUUACUCUCUCACUCUCAGGGAAGCCGUAAGAGUACGUUUAAGCAGCGUGUUCAGGAGGUUUCUCGUUCGAACGAAGUAGUGGACAGUUUGGAAUGGGCACUCCCCGAUCGAUCGUACCGUCGUGCGAAUAUUGCACGGGGUUUUGUGGCGUCGGCUAGCGAGUUUUCCUCUGCCACGAACAGUAGCAACAUUUGAUCGAAAAUUACAGUAAUAUCGCGAACUAUCUCCAGCUUCAAAUUGGCCAUAGAAAGCAAGAAAAAAAACUACUCAAAACAAACACUCAUUCCGUAACGACGUUCCAAGUGGCUUGCUGGCAUGUGAACAGUGAGUCAACGGCCGGUUCACAGCUGCUGCAAUUUCGCAGCCGCACAGCAACACCGACCCACGGCAAUCGAGGAAAAUACAAUAAUAAAUAGAAGGGGGGAAUUUAAUUGCACUCGAAAGGUAAACAGUUGCAAACAUUCGUACGCUGCUGAUGGUGGUAUCGGUUAAAACAAACAGUAAGCGUGUGAUGCACCUUGGUUUUUCUAUGCCGCUGCACCGUUUUGCGUCCCACAAACAAUGUCCCAUCAUAACGAUUGGUACAAGGGAAUAGGUACAAAAUAGGGAAAACUGUAUGCCUACUAUACUGCACAUGGCAGCAGUAAAACACCAUUAUAAGCUGGUGCGAUCCAUUUAACUACCGGACAUCGGUGUGACAACGGUGUCCGGGAGGCAACACAAAUCCACAUCCGUCUGCAGUUUUUAUGGAAGAAGCAAGCAAAUUUUUGGGUUCAUAGAUUUUGACCAUCCGCUUUUGGUCACGCGCUUCUUCUCCACAUUUUGUGUGUAAGCGUAGUUAUAGCGGUCGUUGUGUUUUUCUCGCUCUUCUCCCUCUGGGCUGUAGAGUUUUGUAGGCCUACCGGCGAUCAAUGUACUACACAACUAGUAAACGAUUCCAUCAACAAAUCCGUGCUAGCAUACAAGCCAGCUUUGCAGGAAGGUGCCAGCAAGAGAGAGAGUCUCACGGCAACGCACGGCCACGUCCAUAGUUUGGUUUUUCGUUCAAACGCAACUACAGCAACCACGUCGGCAAGCACGACAGAAUAGCUAGAAGAUAGAACAUUAAACUAUACACCUCCGUCAGACGAUCGCUUCUUGCGUGGUGCGGGCAAACCGAACCUCCAAACUUGCAAACGUCCAUUUUGUGGGACACAUAUACCGCCAGAGGGUCGUUUUGCGGAUCCGCUCGAAACCAUCCGCACCAUGAACAAACAAAACAAAACAGUCAUAGCGCGCUACAAGCAAAACAAGAAAAACAUACCGUGCCAUUUUUUAUUUUUCGGGAAACGUUUUUUGCUGAUUCUCUUCGUAGCAUUAUUACAGAUGCAAACAAGCAAUAGAGUAUACAUUUAGCUGAAAAGGAGGAUCAUUCAUACAAAGGCGCAAGCGUAAAGAAACAAGGUCAAACACAAAAAAGAUACAUGGAGCCGAUAGUUUGUGGUGAGGGUGGAAGAAAAAGUCACGUCCGAGUCUUGGAACCUCUUCAAACUGCAUGAUAGUACGAUUUAAGCGAACAAAGCAACAAGAACAAAAAAAAAACAGACGAUUUUCACUAUUUUUACAGCUCCAUUUAAAUCGAACAUCCGAUUGCAUAACUUCAAGCUAGUAAAAUUUCAUACAUAUACUCUCGGUAUUUAAUCGGCAAGAAGAAUAGAGAGCAAGAAGGGAGACACCAUAAGGAACAAUUAAUACUUCCUUGGUUGAAAAAAUCAAACUACGAAAGGAAUGGAAAUAGCACACUCCAGAGGGUAGCUAGGGCGGUUUGGGACUGAACAGUUGUGAAGCCGUAAUGCUGGGCUUGAGCUUAAUGAACGUUCAAUCGAAGCAGAACAAACAUACAAACACACUGGAAAAUUUGAAAAGCACUUGCAGUUGACUUGAAAAGUCUAUGAAAGGUGAGUUUGAAAUUUCCAAAAUUUCUAAACUGCCAGCAAAGGUUAAGAAGUACUUAGAUGACAGUUUGAAUACAAUGCAAUUAUGAUAUUUGAACAAUUAAACAAAACGAUGACAAAACACCGAAAAAAAUCAUAAAAAAAAACAAACAAAAUCUUACAGAAAUUGUACCGCAAAAGCUGCACUAUAUACACCUAUAUAUGUAAGCUAUAUUUAUCCCUGUUGCUAAAUCUGUUGGCUAACUGUGGUUUGUUUCUUUUUCACAUCCAUAUUUCUACGCUACUUAUCGUUACGAGCGUGCGUGCUGAAUACGUACUAGUGUUGCCUGAGUUGCCUGAGCUUUGUAUGGUUAAAGUGAAUUGCGUUAGAGUGUGUUAGCUGCGCCAAAGCUUUGUUAUAUCGAACGUUAUAGGCAGAACAGGAAUGCUAUUUGCGUGAACAUAGUGAACAUUCCCGGUAUUUGCGUCGACGACGAAUGGGUCACCUAGCACACGAACAUUGUUUCAUUGUCACAUCUGCGCACGCUAUUAACUAAUGGAAGGUAAUGAUGGGCUAGGGGAAGGAUACUCAAAUUACACCAUUUAAACAUACACACAGACAAAGAAAAGAUGAAUCGAUUAGGAAUGAUUUACGAACGAUUGUGAUUUGGCUAGGUGGGAAAUUUAUACGAACAUUUUUUAUAAUUGGAAAGUCACUUUGGUUCCAACCCCAAGAGUCUGAACAGUCCUGCGAGGGAUUCAAUUGUGUCGAGGUUUGGGUAGAGAGAGAGAGAAAACGGGGAAGGAAAAGAAUGGGCGACCAUCCAGGCGAAAGGUACGAGUACCGUCAAGAUAGUGGCCGUGUUCGGUAGUACAUUAGGAUUUCCUUUUUUCCUUUUCAUUAUUGCUUCGGCAGGCCUCGAGGGCAAUGGUUUACCCAAACAUUAAAAAAAAUAAAUACUACUUUAAAGAACGUGUAAUGUGCAAGGUGUGCAACGUAACGAACAAUGAAGAAAACCCAACAUAAUAUUAAUUAAAACAAAUACUCGCUCUCUAUCUCUCACACACACAAACACACACUCUCUUUCUCUUUACGAUGCUUAAUGGUUAGAAGAUGAACCGUGGUUAGUGUGUUAACGACAGGGACUGUUGUCGAUGUAGCUGGUAGGUAGGUUGGUACGAGCCAGAAAAGGUGCAGUAAAACGAAUAAAACAAGUGCUUAUUGCAUGCGAAUGAGCAAUGCGAGAAGGUGUCAAAGAAAAUGGGAGAAACAUAGUUUCUAUAAGUGAGCGAGUCGUGAUGGGGUAAGCUUAAUAAGUGAUAGCAUUAUGGAUGCGUUACAGUUACCCGACAUCUAUUAUUACGAAGACGAGAAGGACUACAACACUUACAUAUGCACACAGAUACACAUACAAAAUACUUCCACGUGCUACAGCUUUUGGGAUGAGAUGGGAUGGGUAGGUUGGAUUGGCAAACACCCUCCCAAAGUCCAACACAAGAAUUUCAACAAACAACCAGCAGUACAGGAAAGGUACAGAACGACAGAUGCAGAUCAGUGACAGCAUUAAUCAUUCAUUUUCGUAUCGAACAAGAGAAAAAGAAGUGAGAGAGAGAGAGAGAGAGAGAGAGAGAGAGAGAGAGAGAGAGA